UAUUGUCUUCCGCCGCCGGGAAAGUGGGGAGCAGCGCCGGCUCGGCCCGCGGGGUAGUCCCGGGCGCCGCACGUGUUCUAGGUCAUGAAACUUAAUCCACAACAAGCUCCGUUAUAUGGUGACUGUGUUGUCACAGUGCUGCUUGCUGAAGAGGAUAAAGUCGAAGAUGAUGUAGUUUUUUACUUGGUGUUCUCUGGCUCCACUCUCCACCACUAUACAAGUACCAGGAAAGUGAAUCCUGAUACCUUGGAGACAAUUGCUCCUGGUCAUGAUUGCUGUGAGACUGUGAAGGUCCUGCUCUGUGCUUCCAAGGAGGGACUCCCUGUUUUUGUGGUGGCUGAGGAAGAUUUUCGCUUCAUUCAGGAUGAAGUAUAUGAUGCAGCCCAGUUCCUGGCAACCAGUGCUGGAAACCAACAGGCACUGAAUUUCACCAGGUUUCUAGAUCGAUCGGGACCACCCUCCAGGGAUGUAAACACUCUAGAUGAGAAGGUAGCGCUUGCAUUUCGACACCUCAAACUGCCAGAAGAAUGGAACGUGCUGGGAACAGACCCAUCUUUGAAUGAUGGUGGCCCACGGGAAACAUUAAUGCAUUUUGCAGUGAGACUGGGACUGCUGAGGUUAACUUGGUUUCUGUUACAGAAGCCAGGUGGAAGAGGAGCUCUCAGCAUACACAACAAUGAAGGAGAGACUCCAGCAAGCCUGGCUUUAGAGCGGGGCUAUCAGAAGCUUCAUCAACUUUUAACUGAGGAGAAUGCCGGAGAACCUGACUCCUGGAGCAGUUUGUCCUAUGAAAUUCCUUAUGGGGACUGCUCUGUGAGACAUCACCGAGAGUUGGACAUUUACACCCUGACAUCUGAAUCAGAUGAAGAAUCCCUUCACCACCGAGACAGUCGGACAGGACAUAUUUUUAAACUCAUGAACAUCCAGCAGCAGCUCAUGAAAACUAACCUCAGACAGACAGAAGAUUGCAUCCCCUUAAUGAUAACGUCACAGGACUCUUCAACCACUCACAGUGUUCUGGAUGUGGAUGGUCAACAUCUUUCCUGCACUGAGGUUCCCUUAGGAGAUCAGCACCAGUCUUCUCUACUUGGAGGCAUGGACAACCCUAACCACAAAGGGGACUCAGUUAGAUUGGAUGAAAAGUCAAGUGAUUUAUCAAGCUUGAUGAGCAAAGGGAACACAGAUUGUUCCUGUAGGAGAAAAGAUAAAGGCUUGGAGAGAAAAGGAGAAGAGGUGGAACCUGGACAAUUUGCAGUCUCUGAGAUUGUGUCAGAGAAAGACAGAUGUCCACAGAGUAUACCUGCUAGUAUGAAUAACACAGAAGACCUUCCAUCCUGUGGAUAUAUAAAUGAGGAAAGUGGAAUGACAUCUCCUGGCACUGUUUUGGCCCAUGAACAUAUGAACAGUGGAGAUGUUACCAUAGGAGAAGUACAUAUCAGUGAGCUUAGCCAAGACCAAAAUGUCCCUGAGGUUGAAGGGGUAACCAAUUCAGAAACAGAGAGUACAACUCCAAACGCAACAGAAAAAGUGAAAUGUGAUCUCCCAAGUCCUGAGGUCACUUUCCAGAGGUGUGUGCAUGAAAUGCAGGAAAGUAAAACUGAUAGACUUAAUAAGAGUCACAGUCUCAGCAAAACUGGAACUGUUGAUGUAGAAGAAAGCAGUGAUCCUGUAGAGGUACCCAGUGUUCCAAAUGGCAUUAAUUCUCCAAGUUCCUUAGACAGCAGUGAACAUCUUCAGACUUCAUUUACAUUUGGUAAAGGAGAAGCCAUUACUAAAGACACUGUGACAGGAACUGAAACUUCAAGCAGAAGUAGCAAAGAAAAUUUUGAUCUUGUAGUAGAAAACCAGGGGGUUGGGGAUCAACACCUCCUGAUCAUUUCAUCUUUAGUAAAAGAAGUUACUGAUCAAGAGGAGAUGUUAGAAAUGGAUUCUUUUUUAAUCAGUAUGUGUGAGGAUUCAACUUUGAUCAGCCUAGAAGAAGAGCCAGUUUUGAGCCAGACAUCAAAAGGCAGCUCAACUCAAGACCAAGAUCAGGAAAUUGAAUCAACCAUCUGCUGCACAGCGGAAGAGGACAAAUUUAGUUUUGAUUUUGUACGUCAACAGAAUUCAGUGACUCCUUGUGAAGACAUGGAAGCAGAAAGCAAAUGUGGUGAAGCCAUACUAUCUAAGGACAUGAAGCAGAAUUUACCAAAUACACCUGCUGAGGUUCUGAUGAAAGAAUCAUGUUUGAAUGAGGAAGACUCUGAUCCUAGAGGAGAUAACCAGAAGCCUGAAGUCCUGUGUUCUAUAGCAAUUUUAAAUAAAGAUAACCUAGCACAAGAUUUAAAACUGGACACUCCUUCAUCACCUCAUUCAAUCUUGAUUGAAGCAAAAGACAGUUUUAUAUCGAAUCAGGCCAUGACAUCUGAAAAUAAUUUUGCUCAGCCAGACAGGCCAUCGGUUGAAUCAGUAACCGAAGAUAAUGUGAUCUCUUUUGUUCCCUCCCAGAAAGAAAAGGGAACAGCAACUCCUGAAAAAAAGGCAGAACAUAGCUGUGGCUCAGCACUCGAUCUCUGUGUGCCCAUCAAACUGCCGACAUCAGACAGCUUGGUGAACCUGCUGCCUUUUGUUCCUGCUCCUGCUCCUCAGCUAAGUAUGGGCAAUUCCAGUUCUGGAGAAGGGGAAAGCGGAGUUGAAGGAUUUAAUGACCAGACCGGGGAUGUGUCAGAAUCUGAUUCUUCUGUCCUCAGUAAAAGGACAACCACUUUGUCUGCUGAUGCAGUUUUGUCCGGGGCAGACGAGGAGCCAGGGAGGCCAGAAAGCACUCUAGCUCAGGAACGAGAUAAGGGAAAUGAAGCAGCCACUUGUUCUCCAGCUAAAGACGACAAUGCACUUUGUUCAGUUUCUUUGCCUCAAGAGGAGACGCCACCUUCUGGAGAAGAUACAUUAGAGCUUGGUGAUCAACCUGUCUCUUGUGCUGAAGGCAAAAUACUUAAACACAAUAAUACUUCAGCGGGCACACCCUCUGCCAUUCUCAGUACAGAACUUGAACAAAACAAGGAAGUGGCUGCAAAAGUUUCUCUGCGAGCGGAGCAAAGCCCAGCUGUACAGUGCCAGGUGCCAUCAGAAGCUGAUUUAUCUGCAGGCAGGCAGGGAGAGUGCAGCUUGCCUUUGCUGGCAGUGACAAACAAAACCGAAGCUGGCCCAGAACAAGAUGGUUCUGAGGCUUGUGGCAGAGAAAAGACAGUGGCCAUAAAAUCUGAAGCAAAGGAGACCGAGUCUACAAAGGACUCCUCUGGGGAAGAGAGUCAAAAUGUAACUCUGGGCUCCAAAGAAGAGGCUACCCAGGAUCCCUCAGGGUUGGGGACAAAGGAGAUACUUAGUGGCCACCAGGAUGUUCUGGUGCAGAAAAACAUGGCAGGCCAAGGGAAUGAUGUACUUUUGGACCUACCAGGAGCUCCACCUGAAAAUGAGAUCCUGAAGGAGGAAACUGUAAUCACUGAAAUGCUGCCUGGUAGUAAAGAGAAAGGGGAGGCUGAUGAAUGCGUCCCCUUAGCAAGACAUCUAAAGGAAACAGAGGCAGACAGUGUGAUACCAAGGCUGUUACUGCAGCCCAUUGCUGAAGAGUUGUUGCCCUGUGAGAGUGAGGUCAUUGGGGACAUAGGGCCUCUGACAAGUGAGAGCGGCACCAUGCCUUGUGUGGACAAAACCAAGGAAACUUUGCCUGAUGGGGAUGGGGAUAAACAAAAGAGAAGCUCCCAAGAUGUUUCCUCUCAGAGUCCAUCUAUUCAAGCUGAUGCUUUGAAUUCACUGGACAGAGAAAACCUGAUAGAGGAGGCUGCCAGCCACUUGGUGGAUACUAUUCUUGAGAAAGUGAGGGCUACAAGAGGGGUGGUUUCCUUGGGAGAGAGCAGUAGCCCUCCACAGUAUGGUGUUCCUGAAUCAAAUCCUGUUGCUGAGGAGCUAGAGAAAGCUGAUGUGAAAGGGCCUGAGAUGGCUUCAGGAGAUGGACCUACUAAAGAAGAAGUAAUUAUAAACUCAAAAGUGUGCACAAUCAAAGGCGAAGAGCAGGAAAAGAUACCUGGACAGUCCCAAGGACCUGAACCUGUGGCAGAAAUGCCAGACAUGAAAGCAGAAGAUGAAGUGGAUUUUCUGGAUAAUUCCAGAGAGGACUCAAUUUCAGAAGAAAUGGAUGUAGCUAAGCACAAAACAAAGCACGGGAUAAAGACCCAGAUGAUAAACCGGGAAAGCUGGUGUACAAUAGAGCCAUGCCCAGAUCCAUCACUGUUGGCUUCCAAACAUAAUCCAGGAUGCGAGAACUUCUUGGAAGUUGGACUGGGUGGAGAGUGUGCCUCAUCCCAGGGUGUGCUUAAAAGACAAUCUGGCAGUGAUUCCGACCUCUUCCCUUCACCCAAUGAUGAAAUGGACAACAGCAUUAUUUUUACAAAGCCUGAAGAGGAGCAAUCAGUCUGUGAUAUCACUGGGUCCAGCUCUUCCACAGAUGACACAGCCUCCCUGGACAGGCAUUCUUCCCAUGGCAGUGAUAUCUCUCUCCCCCAAAUUCGGAACCUAAACAGAACCAAGGAUCGACAGAAUCUUGAUGGGUUCUAUAGCCACACGGUAGGAGUUGAGAGCCGGGAAAGUGAGAGUGAACCUGCUGGCUCAGGUGAAAUGGAAGAAGAGGAAAUGGACAGUAUCACUGAAGUGCCCACAAAUUGCUCUGUUCUGAGAAACUCUAUACGUUCUCUGUCCCCUUUCCGGAGACAUAGCUGGGGACCAGGGAAAAAUGCUGCCAAUGAUGCUGAGAUGAAUCACCGAAGUUCAUUGCGAGUUCUUGGGGAUGUUGUAAGGAGGCCUCCCAUUCAUAGGAGAAGUAUGAGCUGGUGUCCCUCUGGCGUACAAUACUCUGCUGCCCUGAGUGCUGACUUUAAUUGUAGAAGUUUCAGUUUAGAAGGCCUAUCUGGAGAUAGUGGGGACAGUAGUAAGCCAUCCUCAGUUUUGAAUGUCAAUUCUGCAAGCUCAAAAGAACUGAGUCGAAAUCCCUUCAGUGGUGAGGAACGUGGUGAUUCUUUAGUGUCACUUACCGAAGAGGACCUGGAGUCAGACCAGAGAGAGCAUAGCAUGUUUGACCAUAAGCCACGCCAAAGAUCCAAGCAGCUGGGGUUUAAUUAUUGUACAUCGGCCAUUUCUUCUCCAUUGACAAAAUCCAUUUCAUUAAUGACAAUUAGCCAACCUGGAUUGGACAAGGUCCAGGAGCAGAUACAGCUCACAAAGUGGAUUUCCUUCUCCAUCAGCAUCUCUCCACUUCUUAAGUCUAAAACUGUCUUUUAUCUUGGCUCUUCUUCCAGUGAUGAAGAGGAGAAGUUGCAUAAUUCACGAGCCUUCCUCAAUACCAGUGCUAAUUUAACUGAAAGUGUAACUGAACAGGCCUUUAGCUUUGCUCCACAAAGCCCUUCCAAGAAAGAUUUUGAAGGAAAAAGUGGAACAAAAGUCAGUCGCACCUUCAGCUAUAUCAAGAACAAAAUGUCCAGCAGUAAGAAGAGCAAAGAGAAAGAGAAGGACAAAGACAAGAUUAAGGAGAAAGAUAAAGAUUCCAGAGAGAAAGAAAAGGACAAGAAGAUGUUGAAUGGACAUACAUUUACUUCCAUCCCUAUUGUGGGACCAAUCAAUUGCAGCCAGUGUUUGAAAGCUUUCACUAACAAAGAUGCUUACACAUGUGCAAAUUGCGGUGCUUUUGUCCACAAAGGCUGUAGAGAAAGUUUGGCUUCUUGUGCAAAGGUCAAAAUGAAGCAACCCAAGGGAAGCCUUCAAGCCCAUGACACUUCUUCACUUCCCACAGUUAUUAUGAGGAAUAAACCCUCACAACCCAAAGAGCGCCCGCGAUCUGCAAUCCUUGUGCCUGAUGAGACCUCAGUAGCCCCAUUGUUCCCUAACAGACGGUCACAGCAGUGUACCUCACUUUCAAAAAGUGUCUCUAUACAGAAUAUUGCUGGAGUUGGCAAUGAUGAGAACAUGGCAAACACCUGGAAAUUCCUGUCCCAUUCAACAGACUCUUUAAAUAAAAUCAGCAAGGUCAAUGAGUCCACAGAAUCGCUCACUGAUGAGGGUACUGAUAUGAAUGAAGGACAACUCAUGGGAGAUUUUGAAAUGGAUUCCAAACAGCUGGAGGCAGAAUCCUGGAGCCGAAUAGUAGAUAGCAAGUUUUUAAAACAACAAAAGAAAGAUAUAGUCAAGCGGCAAGAGGUGAUUUAUGAGUUAAUGCAGACAGAAUUACAUCAUAUCCGCACUUUGAAGAUCAUGAGUGAUGUGUAUAGCCGAGGAAUGAUGACAGACCUACUCUUUGAGCAGCAAAUGGUAGAAAAGCUGUUUCCUUGUUUGGAUGAGCUCCUCAGUAUUCAUAGCCAGUUCUUUCAGAGAAUUUUGGAAAGAAAGAAGGAAUCCCUGGUAGAAAAAAGUGAAAAGAAUUUUCUCAUCAAAAGGAUAGGAGAUGUCCUUGUUAAUCAGUUUUCAGGUGAGAAUGCAGAGCGCUUAAAGAAAACAUAUGGCAAAUUCUGCGGUCAGCACAACCAGUCUGUGAACUAUUUCAAAGACCUUCACACUAAGGAUAAGCGCUUUCAGGCCUUUGUAAAGAAGAAGAUGAGUAGUGCAGUUGUUAGGAGAUUGGGCAUCCCAGAAUGCAUUUUACUUGUAACCCAGCGCAUUACCAAAUAUCCAGUUUUGUUACAAAGAAUAUUACAAUGUACCAAAGAAAAUGAUUUAGAACAGGAAGAUCUGGCCCAGUCUCUGAGCCUGGUGAAAGAUGUGAUUGGAGCAGUGGACUGUAAAGUUGCAAAUUAUGAAAAGAAAGUCCGCCUCAAUGAGAUUUACACCAAGACGGACAGCAAGUCAAUUAUGAGGAUGAAGAGUGGACAAAUGUUUGCCAAGGAAGAUUUGAAACGAAAAAAGCUUGUUCGAGAUGGGAGUCUCUUCCUGAGAAAUUCAGCAGGGAGACUGAAAGAAGUCCAGGCAGUUUUGCUCACUGACAUUUUGGUUUUCCUUCAAGAAAAAGACCAGAAAUAUGUUUUUGCAUCACUGGACCAGAAAUCAACAGUGAUCUCAUUAAAGAAGUUAAUAGUACGGGAAGUGGCCCAUGAAGAGAAGGGCUUAUUCCUAAUCAGUAUGGGAAUGAAGGAUCCAGAGAUGGUUGAAGUCCAUGCCAGCUCUAAAGAGGAACGAAACAGUUGGAUUCAAAUUAUUCAAGAUACUAUCAAUGCCCUCAAUAGAGAUGAAGAUGAAGGAAUCCCCAGUGAAAAUGAAGAAGAAAAGAAAUUGUUGGAUGCGAAAGCCCGAGAAUUAAAAGAGCAACUCCAGCAGAAAGAUCAGCAGAUCUUAACUCUGUUGGAGGAAAAGGAGAUGAUUUUCCGAGACAUGACAGACUGCAGUACGCCCUUAUCAGAAGAUAGUUCACCAAUUCAUGGCUCCAGGGUACUAUUCAGAUCCAAUACUGAAGAGGUUCCCAAAGGAGGGCCUAUCAUGAAAAGUGCAAUAAAUGAGGUGGAGAUGCUCCAGGGCUUGGUGAGUGGCAGCCUCGGGGGCACACUUGGACAGCCUAUCAGCAGUACCACGGAGCAAGAAGGAGGAAUUGUUGGCCCAGUGUCUUUACCUAGGAGAGCAGAAACCUUUGGAGGGUUUGACAGCCACCAAAUGAAUGCCUCAAAAGGGGGUGGUGAGAAGGAAGACGGAGAUGAUGGCCAAGAUCUUCGGAGGACAGAAUCAGACAGUGGCUUGAAAAAGGGUGGAAAUGCUAAUGUGGUAUUUGUGUUGAAAAGGAAUAGUGAGCAAGUUAUCCAGAGUAUUGUUCAUCUACAUGAACUGCUGAGUACUCUACAGGGUGUGGUGUUACAGCAGGAUAGCUACAUUGAAGACCAAAAGUUAAUGCUCAGUGAGAGGGCAAUAACCCGGAGCUCCUCCAGACCCAAUUCUCUGAUUGAGCAAGAAAAGCAGAGGAGCCUAGAAAAGCAGCGACAGGAUCUGGCCAAUCUACAGAAGCAGCAGGCCCAGCACCUGGAAGAGAAACGCAGACGAGAGAAAGAAUGGGAGGCCCGCGAGAAAGAACUAUUGGAACGGGAAUCACAACUAGUCCAAUGGGAGGAGAAAGUACAUAGGGGGCAGCAAGACUUGGACAAGGAUCGAGAAGAGCUUCAGCAGAGAAAAGCAGCGUAUCAGUCUGACCUAGAGCGUCUCCGAGCUGCCCAGAAGCAGCUUGAGAAGGAACAAGAGCAAGUGAAAAGAGAGAUGGAGAGGUUAACCCAAAGGCAGGCAGAGCAUGAUGCUAAUCAGGUCUCACAUCAACACAGUAAAUUGAUGCGGAUCCCAGCCUUUUUCCCCAAUCCCGAGGAACCCCCCCAGCUACCAGCACCUUCCAUAUCACAAUCAGGGUCUUUGGACUCAGAACUUUCAAUAUCCCCCAAAAGGAACAGCAUCUCUCGGACUCACAAAGACAAAGGUCCAUUCCACUUACUCAGUUCUACCAGCCAAGCAAGUAAAGUGUCAGAGGGGCAGAGCCAGAUCCCGGUCUCCACCUCUACCUCCACACGCCUCUUUGGUCUAGCAAAGCCAAAGGAAAAGAAGGAGAAGAAGAAGAAGAGCAAGGGAGGCCGUUCUCAGCCGGGUGAUGGUCAUUCACCUGAAACACAGGCAGAAGGUGAAGAGAUCUUCUGCUGAUGGUUGGAUUUUUUGUUCUACCAAGAUAGAAAUUAUUGGAAUCUGACACAUCAUCAUCACCAGCUUUGCCUUCUCCACUGCUAGCACAUGGCUUUACAUGAUGAGAACUUUCCUUAUCUUUGUUGUUAAGAAACACAUUGCAGUGCUCUCCUGGAUCCUGGAUUUGAUGGAAAUAAAUGAGUAUUGGGGCAGGGAAGAACCCAGUCUGCUUUGGCCAUGACAAGUGAAUACCAAGGACUUGAGGGUGGAGAGGGGGUAAGGGUAUUUGGCACAGGAUGUAAACAGCCAGCAUCAGCAUCUUGGAGUGCAGGAGGGUUUACCAGGUCACAAAACCCUUCCUUGGAUGUUAAAGGUAUGAAAGCAUACUUGCCUCGAAAAUGUUUUUUAUUUGGGGAAGAUAGCAAAAACAAAGUGUGCCAUCCAAUCCUUGCAGUGUGACAAGCAUGUAUGUACACAUGUAUGGAUUUCAUAUGUAUGUGCAUAUAUCUGUGAGAUGUGCAUAGCAUGUAGAGACAGUUGGGUUAGCUUAGCUCAACCCAAAAGGAAGAUACCUGAUGAUUACCAGGUAGCAUGUAGAUAUUAAAUAUCUCACCCUUUGGUUGCCCUUUCUCCCUGCACGAUUCCUUCCUGUUUUGCAUGUAUUUCUUUAUUUUAGGAGGGAGGUCUAAUGAUGGUUUGAAAAGAGAGCAGGGGAAAAGGCCUUCUGUUUGUAAUUGAGUAUCUUGUGCAGCACCUGGAUGUUGACUGUUUGUUGGGAUCCCAAAAGGAUGAUGUUCACCUCCAUCCUUUAUUCCAGAGAGGCUUAAAAAAGUGAAAACUCAUCAGUUGACUUUCCAAAGUAUUUGUCUGCACAGAUGGCACAUAGAAUUCUCACCUGUCAAGGGAACACAUCCUGUGUCAGACGUUUGUUUGUCACUGAUUAUUCAAAUCUGGUUGACAUCUCCUGGGCCUAUUCCUGAGAACCUUCUGUGUGAAGCAACUCAUGUUUCCUGUCCUAAUAAGUGUAAGUGGGCUGGACAACAGUGCUCUUCUCCAAAAAAGUAUGAGGAAGGUCUUGUCAGCAUUCAAACUCAGCAGCCACUCCCUUGCUCUCUAAGCCUGGCUUUUCUAAUGAGGUGUAUUAGCAUCAACUGUGGGCAUCACCUGUCCUUUGGUCCAGCUGUAUGUAUUCAUCUCCCAGCCCCUCGCCUAUCCGUUGGCUAGCAGAAGGCCCUGGGUUCAGGGAUGAGGACAGACACAGUGGCAUUUGUGGGUCCAUGUAUUGGUAUUUCAUGAAUAAAAAUAAGAAAAAGGCUGACAGGAAAAAAAGGAAAAAACGGUUUCUGAACUCGGUGUUUCAUGGGAUUCUGCAGGAGAGAUCUCAGCAGAUUUUUAAUUGUUGAGAACAAAAAAGAAGGAAGGAAAAAGCUAGAGGACAACUGAAUCCCUGUUGUCUCCUUACUACUUUGGAGCAAGUAAUCAUACCUGCUGCUUUAUUUUUUCAUUAUGUUUUGAUUUGUAUUUGCUUGAAGCUUUCCCACCAAGCUGUUCCAUUGAGGGCAGUUCACUGGCUAUGUUUUUUUCUUUCUUUUUACCCUCUAAAUCAACCACAGCCGUAGCCUGUGAGACUCCACAUAUAGUAUGUGGCACCUCCCCUCUCCCAGUAGAGGAGGACUGCAAAAUAUUCUGUUCUUCAAAUUGAGGUCCUUGACACCCAUUUCCCCUCAGGAGCAUGGGAACUUUGAAAGUACUUUUUUUUUCUUUUUUCUUUUUUUUUUUAAACAAAACUUUUAUUUGGUGCUUGUUAAUGAAUUGCAAGCUGGCCUUGCAGAUUGGAGAUAUUUAUCUUUCUGUUUUUUUGAAAGAGGUCUGGUUUAAAGUUUUUUUUUUAGUUUAGUUUUGUUUAUUUAUUUUAUUUUUUAAGGAUAUGCAUAAUAUCCCAAUGGUUAAAAAUCUGUCUCACUAAUGCAAAAAGUGAGGUGAUACCACUUCUCACUCCUCAGUGUGCUACUUAAAAUGAAUAAAUCUUUCACCUGGGGCUGCCUUUAAGGCCAAGUAACUUUGUAGAUGAAAAUGAAGAGGGAAAAGGAAAGAUUCAUACACCUUCCUUUCUCCCUUCCCUUCUCUCCUUUCUCCAUUUCUAGAUGAAGAGAAAAGGGACUAUCUUGUUUCUUGGGUUAAGAAUUCAAGAAACUUGGCACCUCUUAACUCUAUUCACUUUGAUUUGUGCUUUCCUACUCUUCUGACACAGAGAUAUAAAAGCAGAUCUGUCCUGUGAUCUUUUCAAUGAGAAAUUCACCCCUCCGAAAAAUACAAAAAACCAAAGUACUUCAUUCUCCAUGUACCCUUAGGUUGCACAAUAAUUGUUAAGGGGAGAUUUUGAGCCCCAGAAAAAGGGAAACAAAGUAACCCUUUUCAAUCCACUUACAGGACUUCUCUUUAAAAAAAAAAUUUUUUUUUAUUCCUACUUUAUUGCUAGUUUUAUUGGGUCCAGCAGUUUACCUAGCAUCCCAUCCCCCCCACAGUGUCUUGAUCUUCCAUAAAUAGAAUAGGAUAGAUGGUCUUAGAAGGACAGACGAGUUGAAAGGACUCAGUUCUCAGCUGGGCGGCUUCAGCCCCAAUGUAAAUACAACUACAGUAUGUGCAAUAUUGAAAUGAAAUUGACAUUUCUUUAGCUCCUGUAUAUCAAGAUGUGUAUAGUAAGCUGUCUUUCCUCCUCUUCUCUCUCCCCCAAUACUCUUCUAGGUAGAACUGGGUUUAAAAUUAAAAAAUAUAUAAGUACUGAUCAAAUUUGUCUUCUCAAAUGGACUGUUCUAAACAGAAACACAUUUAAAUAAUUAUACAUUGCUGUACAAUUGGAUCUAGUUUGAUUUGAAAGUCUCCACCUAGUUGUAAUGUUUUGUUUAUUUUAUCUUUAGGAAAUGGGAUUUUUUUUUUUUUUUUACAUAAAACCACUGAUUUGGUUCUUGUUAAACAGGUUUAGGACCAGGACACAAGUUAGGUAGUCUCCCUGCACUUUAUUCAGAGCUACCCAAUUUCAUGCAUGAUUCCAAUUGCUGUAUUAAGGGAAGUCCACUUAUCCAGAUCAUCAUCUUCUAUGUGCCUUGGUCAUCUUCCAGCCUCUUUGAAAUGAAACUCUUAGUGGUUUCACUCUGAGUUUAGGGAAUCAACUUACUGCUAAUGCUCUUUUUCACUUGGUGUGAAAUUCACCUUGAGAUCUGAUCUGGUUACUGAAAAAAUGGAAGGAAGUUUAACUGACCCCCCCCCCCCCAUCUUGCUUCCUAUACUGUGACAAAAGGGUUAGCUUUCAUGGUGACUUGGUUUUGGGGUUCUACAAUUUUCCUUGCCCCUAAUAUAGGAUAUAUAGGAAAGUACAAAAAUGCCAAAGGGGGAUUGGCUAUCAGAUUAUUGAAAUAUUUGGAGUAGUGACCUCUUACAGAUAAUAGUACCCAGUUUUCCAGAAUCAAGUACGUUUCAUGGAAUCAGGUUUCACCUUCAGUUAAACAUUAAAUUAUCAUCUCAGAAAUUUUUUAUCAUAGCUUAAUGCCAUAUGCACUUUAAAAUCUCUUGUCAGUAGCUUGAUUAUGAGACAAUCAAAUUUAUAAUCUUUUUGUUUCUUUGAAAUUAAAGUUAGAAACUGCCAAAGCCAGAAAUGCUGCAGACAAUUCAACUUUUGCCAACACAUUACCCCUCUUUUCCCCCUCAGUGAGCUUAUAGGGACAAUCUCAAUCUCAAAAAACCAUCCACUAUUUGAGUCUAAAGGAAAGAAAAGGUAAAUUUAUAUACCUUUUGUCUUGCAUGUUUUGGGAUAAUACCACUGACAAGUUAUCCCUUUGAUAACUGUCUUUCUUCCCCCUCCCAAUCCAUGAUCCUUUUCCAAAGUUCAGUAUAGUAUUAAAGAGAGGUAUAAAUAUCUAGUCUUUUUUGUUUGUUACUAAAAUUAAAUCAGUGCCCCAUCAAACGAGUUAAUUCUGAUCAUCUUAGGAGCACAGUCUCCAGGUAUUAUUACCUAUAAAAAUAUUUUGUAAUCUAUCUUCUUUUGGAUGGUGGCCUUUCUAACUCUUACUCUUGCCUCUCAAGGAUUCUUAAUGUGUGUUAGAGUUAGAAACACUAUCAAACAAGUUAAUGGGAGAGGCAGUUAUAUUGAGGAAAAAGGUACUUCUGCCCCCCAAAAGCUUUCUUUAAUCACCCAAACACUUGCAUUUCAUAGUAGUUGAAGACUGCAAGACAAGACCUAGCCAUAGUAUUAUGCAGAGCACAUUGUGGAAAGAUGACAGGGAGGGGACCAAAUAGAGGAAGGAGAGACUAUAAGAAUUGUAUUAUAUUCUCUAGGAAGCUUCAGUAACCUUUCUGCAUUCCUGUAUAGCAAAAAACCACCUUCCAAAAGGGAUUUCAGCUAGAUACAAUUCUGUAUACUGUGCUAGUGUGAAACAGUUUAUAAUCUGUAUAAUCUGACCUCCUGAAUCUUAAGAGUCCUUGAAAUCUGGAAACAGAAACAAUUGUUCAGAAUAGAUUGUUUUGGCAUAAAGGAAGAUGUUGGGUGAUAGUAACUGAGGGAGCUAUUAAGUUUCUUUAAUUAGCAGGGCCAUUUUGGAAGCUGUUGUAGAAUUUGAUAAAAUAUACCAUUUUUCAGUGAGUUAUUUCAAAGGCUGUACAUUUACUCUGAUUAGUGUUCAUAGGUGGAAAGGAGGAUAAGGUAUUUCAGGUUUUUUGUUUUUGUUUUUUAAUGUAGCAUAACAUUCCUAGUUAACCAGAGCUCUGGAAUCUGCCACCUGCUGGCCAGGUAUAUAAAAUUUUUUAAAAAUCUAGUCACCUUUAAAUUAAACAACACAAAAGCACUUUUCCAAGUGCUAAUCUUAAUUUCACUUUCCAUAAGAACAGGCCGUGAUUCCUUCUUUUCCUCAUAAAUGUAGCUAAAUUUAAGGACAAGCAAACUGAACAGUCUGAUAAUCUUUCCAGCUGUGGAAAAAUCCAAAGCCUUUUCUAGAAAAGGUAUGCAAACUAUCCCAUAAAAUGCAUUUUUCAUCAUCUUUCAUUUAUGACUCUUUAGAGGCCAGCAUCUACAUCAACUUAAGGUCCCAGAUGCAUUCAAUUCUUUUAUUCCCAGCUCUUGGGCCCAAUUGUAAUCUUCUCUUUGAAAUAGGUAGUCACUAUGUGGUAAUACGUGGGGGUACCAAACUAAGAUGCUAUGUGGUAGGGACUACCACUAUUUUCUAUGUUUAAAAAAAAAAAAAAAAACAUGCAGUGGUCAUUAUAAAGCACUGACAGAGAGAUAUGUCCAGUUCAGUUUGUCUGUGGUUUAAGUUUAGCUUUGUAGUUUCCUAUGGUUUUUGGUUUGUUUGUUUUUUUUUUUUAACUGAUAUGGAGUGCACUAGCAUAUGCCACCGAAUGUUCAAGAGGGUAGCUGUAAUACACCUCAUACCUCUGCUUUCAGUUUAUUUUUUGUAAUGCUUUGUAUAAGCAUUUACCUUGCUAGAUUCUAUUAAAAAAAAAAAAAAAAGAAAGAGGGGGUUAAAACCCACUUGCUGUAUGUUAAUUUGUAAUUAUUGUAAAGUAAAGCAGUAAAAACUGUAAAGUCUUUUUCCCCCAGUGUGUCUUCUGGGGUUUUGCCACAGCACACUGACUUUGUAACAAGCUUUUAUUUAUCUUCCUUUCUAGUUAUCAGCUUAAAAACUGUUGUAAAGUUUCCCCUCUCCUACCCCAAAAAUAAAUAAAUAAAAAAUUUCUUUUGAGUCUG